ACCAAACGAUCAUGUAAUGAUCCAACAACAUUGAGCAAUGAAAAAAAAUUAUAUAUUUUAAACUACAUUAAUUUAAAAGUUGAUUAAACAUUAGUUAAUUCAUUAAUAAUAUAAACAUUUUACAAGAGAAAGAGAGAAAAAGAGAGCGAAAAAAAAAAAGAGUGAGUGAAGUUGAGGGGAACACAGGAAGUGCUUGGGGGACAAAAACAAAAUAUAUAUCAUUUAGUCUUGUUGGUAUUUUAAAUGAUAGCAUUUUGCGUAUUAUUAGUUGAUCCAAUUAGACAGUAUAAAUAUUAUCACUGUUGAAUAACAAUAAUAUAGUGAAUAAAUAAAAUAAUCAUGAAGUCUCGCCAAUAUUUGGCAGGCUUUUUGCUCAUUCAGUUUAUCAUAUCAUCUGGAAUCGCUGGAGAAGUAUGUGGACGAAUGCAAUGCAAAGUGGGAGGAACAGCCAAGUUCAAGUAUACCGAGGGAACAAUUUAUCGUUAUCAUCACAGUGUCAAUGUGAGUCUAAAUUUAGGAAGAGACUCAACAUCAUCAAAUUUAUAUAUUGAAUCAACAGUGUCAAUUGAAUUUUUAUCAGCAUGUGAAGCUGAUUUACGUAUAACUGAAUCAAGUAUUAACCAAUAUAUACGUGAAAAAUAUGAAACUGAAUUUCCCGAUCGUGCUGAAUCUGAAUUUAAAGAAAAACUUGAAAAAUAUAGUUUACGUUUUGCAUUUGAAGAUGGACAUGUACAUGAAUUAUGUCCAAGUAAAAAUGAAGCAAUAUGGGCACUUAAUAUUAAACGUGGUAUAUUAUCAAUGCUACAAAAUACCAUGAAAAGAUUUGAUGUUGAUCAUAAAAAUACUGAGCUUGAUGUUAAUGGUAUUUGUGAUACAACAUAUCGUCUUCAUGAAGCAAGAAAAACAAGUUUAAUUGUUAAUAAAAUUAAAGAUCUUGCUGGUUGUACAAAUCGUGGUAAACAUUUAUCAAUAUUACAAUCAUAUGGUUACAAUAUAAAUCCUCGUUCACGAGCUGAAAAUAAUCUUCUUAAAUCAACGACAAAUUGUGAAAUUGUUAUUGAUCAUAAUAUUUAUCAAAGUGUUACAUGCAAAGAAUCACAUUUAUUCCGUCCACUAUCAAAUGGUAAUGCUGCUGCACAAACAACAAUUCACUCGAGUAUUGUACUCUUUGAAGAAUCACCAAAAACAUUUGAUGAAUUUUUUGAUGAUGAUCAACAAUCAUCUGGACGUGACACAGUCCCGACAAAUCUUCUUUAUGAUCAUUCAUCUGAAAUAACAUCAGUCACUAAAACAUCACAUGGUGAACUAAGAACAUCAAUUGAUCUUCUAAAAAGUAUGUGUAGCCUUGGAUCAGGUGGUCAACUUGAUCAAACAUUUUCCGAGUCUUUCACUAAAUUUAUUUACUCAGCAAGAUACUUGGAUUAUCCAUCAUUGUCACAACUUUUAGCACGUGCAAAUGGCCUUUGUUUUGGUGGAAAAAAACAUAUACUUGAUGCGUUACCAUUUAUUGGAAGUAGUGCUGCUAUUAAAGUGAUGCGUGACAUGAUGAUUAAACGUACAAUUGAUCAUGAACGUUCAAAUUCAUGGAUGACAGCAAUCGCUCUUGUUCCUCGACCUGACAUUGAAACUGUCUCAGCAUUGUUGCCACUUUUGGAAAUUGAAAGAGAAAUACCAGAAGCACAUUUGAUAUUGAUUUAUUCAUCAGUUGUUCGUGCAUUUUGUGAAAAUGAAGUUACAUCAAAUAAAUGGAAAAAACAAACAAAUGGAUUUUUCAUUGAUAAUAAUUGUUUGGCAAUUAAAGAGACAGGAAUUGAAAAGUUUAUAUCAAGACUUGAAGAUACUAUUGAGAAAGGAUGUAGUCCAAGACCACAUGAAUCAGAUGAAGACAACAGAAGAACACUUGAAGCAUUAAAAGCCAUUGGUAAUAUGGGAAUUGAAACUAAAAAAAUUCUUAAAUUAUUACAAGUUUGUGUUGAAGAUGAAGGUAGCUUUUUAUCAAUGGAUAUUAAAAUUGCUGCUAUUGAAGCUCACAGAAGAUUACCAUCAUGUCAAGCAACUCGUGAUGAAUUAUUUCUUCCUUAUUAUAGAAAUUUUACACUUGAUCCAGAAUUUAGAAUUGCCUCGUAUCUACAAGUGAUGCGUUGUCCAGAUUAUAAUGUUGUUAAAGUAAUAAAAACAGCUCUGAGAGAUGAACCAGUUAAUCAAGUUGGCUCAUUUGUUUGGAGUCAUUUGACAAAUCUUCUUGAGUCAUCAUCACCAACGAGAAUUGAAAUUCAAAGUCUUUUAAGUGAUCGUGAUCUUGGUGAUAAAUUUAAUAGUGAUGCUAGAAAAUAUUCAAGAAAUUAUGAAACUUCAUUUUUCUCGGAGGAAUAUAAUGUUGGAGGAACGAUGCAAAUUAAUGUUGUAUUUUCAGCAAAAUCAUAUGUACCAAGAACACUAACAAUGAACAUGAGUCUAGAUUUAUUUGGUGAAUCUGUUAAUGUUUUAGAGACAAGUGUUAGACUUGAGGGUAUUGAACAUUAUGCAGAGAAAUUCUUCGGUCCAAAUGGUCCACUUGCAAAUGAAAAAAUGUCAAAAUACAUGGCUGGAUUUAUCAGAAGUUUACGAUCAGUACCACAAGAUUCAAAUAUUUAUUUGGAUGGUGUUAAACAGCUGCCAAAUGUCAUUGAUAAUAAUUUUGAUGAUCCAAAAAUAACUUAUUCUUAUAAAAUAUUUGGCAAUGAGCUUGAAUUUAAAACACUUCGUGGUGUUGAUGAUAUUGCCAUGAAUUUGGCAGCAUUGGAUCCAUGGAUGAAAAUGAAAAAAAUAUUAUCAGGUAAAGAAAUAAGAUUUGAAAAAACUGGCAUGUUUUUGGAUGUUAAAUAUGUUGUGCCAAGUACUGUUGGUCUUCCAGUGAAGCUUGAUGUUGCUGGAUCAGCUGCAUGUAAUUUUAAAUUAUCUGGUAUGCUUGAUACAGAUAAAUUUGCAACUAAAAGUGAAAUAAAUCUUGUUGGUAAUAUUGCACCAAGUGUGAGUGUUGAUCUUACUGGUAAAAUGACUAUUGAUGCAAUAUUUAAAAGUGCUGGUAUUAAAUUGAGAAGCAAUGUUUAUUCAUCUGGUGCUGUUAAUUUGACUCUCAACAUCAAGGGUGUUAAUUUGGUUAGACUUAAUGUUGAAUUGCCGAAUAAACAGCUGGAAGUAUUUUCAGCAAAGACUGAUAUUGUUUUUAUAUCAACAAGUGGAGCAGAGAGUAUGGAAAAACCAGUUAUUACAAAAAUUGGAAAUAGAUCAAGUAAAGCUAGUCGUAUUGAAAAUACAACUUGUAGUUGGCCAGUUCUGGAAAGACUAAUUGGACUCAAAAUGUGUGUUGAUUAUCAAUUUCCAAAUGUCACUGAUGUUAGUGAUGCAUCGUAUUUUGUUUUGAAUGGACCAACUUUGUUUAGGACAUCAGUCAUCAAGGCGGAUCCAACUGCUGAGAGUUACUUGUUUGAAUACAAAUGGAAUGCUACUCCGACUGAAAGUGUAAUGCGAUUGGCAUUUGACACUCCUGGAUCCCGAAUAAAUCGAGAAUCAAGUAUCAUGGUGAGCUUUGACGGUCCAAACAGAAAUGUAUCAGUCCUGCUACGUUCAGCUGGUAACAGUUUCGUUGCAAAAGGUACCUACAAACGAACUGAUAACGAGGCAAUGAUUGAUGUUGGCCUGGACAUAAAUGGUACCCAGCAUCUCCACGCUCAUAUUGGUUAUUCUCGUAAAAAAGUAAACUACGGCUACACAUAUUCACCACGUAUUUAUUUGGGCAUAAACAACGAGCGUAUACUUCAGCUAAAUGGAACAAUAAGAGAUGCAUCUAAAAAUAAUAUUUCCCAGUGUGACAUUGAUUUAAAUUUCGAAACAAAAAAAGUAACAAGUAAAUUAAUUGGCUACGUGAUGAGAAGAAAUACAAGUUUAACUGGUAACAUCAAACUUGAGUAUCAAUUGAAAACUUUAAAUAAGAAAGAAACACUUCAAAUUGAAAUUGCACUUCACGAUAGAUCAACAAAAAAUUUAUCUCACAAUGAGGCACACUUUGAACUUCAAUCAAGUGCAUAUCCUGAAUUAAAUGCCAUAAUUGAUUCAUGGUACAAACAAGCUAUUGGUCAUCUUGAAUUACACUUGGAAAUAAACACAAAACCACAUUUACGUGAUGAUAAAUACAAGCUAACAGCACAAGCUGUAUUAACAUAUUCAAAAGCAUAUUUUCAAUCACAAGAAGCACGUGUUAAUGCAUUUAUUUCAAUAAAUAAACCAAUACAAAAUUUAGAUAUUAAAUUUGAAAUACAACGUGUAUCAAUUGGUCCACAUUCAAAGACAUUUAUCAUGAUAAGAUAUGCACCAGGAAAAGAAAUAACACUGGCUGUUAAUUUGAUAAUACCAAGAGGUAAUAUGUUGGCAAUUGAGGGGCACGCCAAUAUGACUAUUCCAAAUUACAAACCAAUGAUUAUUAAUAUUAAAAUAACUGAAAAAGCUAAAAAAGAAUAUGACAUUGAUUUUUAUGGCUCAUGGUUCAGUGGACAUAAUGCAACAAUCAAAGGUAUGUAUGCUGAUAGAUCAACAGCUGUUGUAUCAAAUGGUUCACCAAAAAUAAUAAGUCAUAAUUUAAAACUCGUACUACGUUCACCGAGUAUCGAACGUGAUAUAUUAAUAAAUUGUAAAUUUUAUCGUGAUCAUGCAAAUAUUAAAGUUGACAUUAAUAUUGAACAUCUUGAUUCUGAUAAGUAUGCAUUAAAAAUUGAACAUUCAAUAUUAACAAAUGGAACAUUUUCAACAUCUGCCAAAGCAAAAUAUCGUAAUACUGUUUAUGCAAUUUUAAUAAAUGUCGAUGUUCAACGUGAAAUUAGAUUGGAACUUCAAUUGGACAGAUGGCGAGACGUUCAUCUUAUUUUAACUGGAAUAAAUGACGAUAAUACAAAAACUUUUGGUAUUGAAAUUAAGUGGGAUGCUAAUAGAGAUCCAGAAUUAAAAUUCAUUGGUCAAUUUCAAUUUGAUAAAUAUUUUCAAUUAACAGAACAACCAAUAACUAAAAAUUUAACUGGAUCAGUGAUGAUAUCUUAUCCAGGAAGAUUGUUAACUGGUUCUUGUCAUGCUGCAAUUGUUAAUUAUAAAAGUUAUAUAUUAGAUACAAAAAUUGUAUGGGAUCCAUUGAAGGCAAUUAAAUUUGAUGUUGAAAUUGAUUUUGAUCCAAAUAAUUGGAGAAAUCAAAUGAGACUUAAUAGUUACUUAUUGACACCAUUUGAAAUGUGGCAAAAAACAUCAAUAAAUAUUAAAUAUAAAUUAACUGAGCAACAAUUUAUUGCUGACUUUGAGGCAUUUUGGCAAGAUACUGAAAAAUUUUUAAUACAAAUGCUAUUAUCAAGUGUGGAAAGUCCAUCAACUGGUACAGUUGAGUACAAUGCAAAUUGUGGAUUAAGUAGUACUGUUCAUUUGAUUGGUUGGUUGACAAUAAACAUGACUCAUAUAUUUACAAAAUUAAGUAAUCAAGCAAGUGUUGAUACACGUUUUUUAGUUAACUAUCAUCCUGAUAAAAUAAUUAAUCUAAGAAGUGUAUGGAAUUUAAAGAGUCCAGAUAAUCAUAAUGAUAAUUUUACGUUAACUGGUAAUUUACGUUUUAUAUCACCAUUGAGUAAUUAUAAAAAUGGUGAUGUUAAAUGUCAAUUGAGUUAUUCAUCUGAAUGGAAAUUUGAUGGUACGUCAAGUGUUGAAAUUGACUUGAGAAGAUACACUGGUAUUUUACGUGGUGAUAUUGCUAGAAUUAAAGAAUCAAUGAUACAAUUUAAUAUCACAACACCAAUUGAAAAAUAUUCAUUUUUAAAAGGUGAAUUUGGUUUAUCAGAAAGUGAUAGACAUGUUGUUGCACAAGUUACAAGUCCAUCUGGUCCAAUUGGAAUUGAAGCAUUGUGUCAAUUAUUUACAAUUACAAAUCAUGAUUUUAAUGUUAUGCUUAAAAUAUCAACGCCAAUUGAAUUUUUACAAAAAUUUUUAAUUUUAGCUAAAAUGGGAAAAACUGAAAAUGAUUUUCGUAUUUCGUAUAAUAAUAUUACAGCUGGUUUUCAAGCAAUUUGGCAUUACAAUAAUAUUACUGAUUUUCAUUAUAGUUAUAUAUUAUUUACACCAAUUCAUGGAUUUCAUGAGAGUGGUGUUGUUGCUAAAUUAAUAAUAAAUGAUUCGAGUUUUAAAAAAUUCAGUCAAUUUGCAAUUGACACGGAAUUUUCGAUUAAAAUUGUCGAAACGAAACUUGGAUUGUCUGUUGUAACUGGACCAAAGCCAAUAAUUUAUCAACCAAAAAUUAUUGAUACAAUUGUCAUGACAAAGACUGGACAAGUUGAUGAAGAUAAUUUAUUGUCAAAUGAUGAUUUUGAAUGGCAUGGUGAUGUCGAAAUAAAUUUGGCAGUUAUUGAGACAGUCAUUGGACAUUUAAAUAUCAAUAAGGAUGAUGUGUCUUAUCAAAUAUCUGGAAUAUUGAUACUACCACCUGGUAAAAUAUUAAUUGAUGAUAAAUUAAUAAUCAAAAAUUUAUUUGACAUGAAAAAUGUGUUACAAAUUAAAACACCAUUUUCAUUUGCAUCAAUCGUUGAUUCAAAUUAUGUAUUUAAUUUUAAUAAAAAAGACUCAAUUUAUUUUACAACAAUGGAGGUAAAUGUUUUGCAAAUUUCUGAUGAUAAUUCAACAUUACUUGUUGGUGCUGGUUACACUGGUAAUUAUUCAUUUGUCAAAGCUGAUGAGGAUGAUUCAGUUGUUCAUCAUUUACAGGUGUCAUUUAAAACACCAUUUGAAAUUUUGGAGUAUCUUGAUGGUCAUGGUGUACUUGAAGUUGAUGAGAAUAUUUAUAAAUCAUCAAUCGAAAUACAUACAAAUAAUAGUAAUGCUGAAAUGUCUGGUUCUUUGGAAUUUGAAGAAUCAUUUUUUGAUGGAACAAUUGUAUUUGGUAUUACAUCGGACGUGCUAACAAUUCCAACAACAAGAAUUAAUGUUAAAAAAGAUUUAGCUGAAGUUGAAAAAAAAAUUGAAGCUGAAAUUGAAAUAAAACAGCUGAAAAAUGUACCAUGCAAGGUUCAAGGUACUUGGUUAUUUGAAUCAGAGGAACAUGUUGAAAUGUCAAUUGGCAUUGAGACAUGGGUACCAUCACUUCGUCAAUUUAAUGCUGGUUUAAUUUAUUUAAAUAAAUUAGCAACUAAUGAGAAUGCUCAGCUAGAUGUUAAUAUUAAAAUUCAUCCUGAUGAUAUUUAUAAUUUAACAGCUUCAUAUGAACCAAGUCAAACAUUUGGCUUUAAAUUACAAGGACCACAAGAUAUAUUUUAUAAAUUUAAUGGAGAAAUUGAAUCAUCAAAACAUAUAACUGGACAAUUAAAAAAUAUUAACGAGACAAUAAUUUAUUUGAUUGAUGGUAAUUAUGAUCUCAAUGAAAUAAAACCAGGUGGUGUAUUGUUUGAAGUAAACACAAAGCUUCUUGACAGUGAAAAUAAUAUAAAACAUAAUAUUAAAUUUGACUUGACACGUGAAAUACAUGGUAUCAAAUUAAAACUCGUUACUACCUUGACAAAUGCAAGUUUAUCAUUUAAUUAUGCAAAUGCAUUUAACUGGGAUACGAAUAUUGAUGCUGAUUUAUUAAAACAAAACACAUCAACUGGUGAAUUUUUAAAAAUCGAAAAAUGGUCAUUAAAAGCAUUUGCAAAUGUUCCAGUUAAUGGAAAUGCAAGUAUAUAUUUACGAACAGAAUCACCCCUGAUUGAUCUUGAAAAUAUGGAAAUAAGUGGUAAUUUAAUGUUGUCAAAUGACAGUGGUGAUGCAAGAUUACGACAAAAUAUAAAUAAUAUUAUUAAACGUAUAAAUGUUGCUUGGAAAUUGUCAUAUAUGAUUGACAUGUUUAUAAAAUCAUCUGGUAGCAUUGACAACAAGGACAUUGGUGUAAAUAUUUACUUUAAAAAUCCAUUAAAUUUAUAUAGAAAUAUAAAUUUUGGCUUUGAUCUAAAUGCUAAUAAAUGGAAAACAUCAACAAACACAAGUUUUGGAUAUAAAAAUAAUGAAAAUAUUGAUGUUGUUAUUCUAGUUAAACUUCCACCGCCUGAUGAUGACAAUCAUCAAUUGUUACUAUCUUAUCAUGGUGAUAAUGGAGUACAAAAUAAAAAUUACAUUAUUGGAUAUAAUUCAAUAAAAGGUAAAUUAAAUUACAUAACUGAUGGAUCAAUUAAAAUGACAAAUAAAAGUAUUGAUGGACAUUUUCGUCUUUGUCAAGGUUCUGGAUCAACUGAAGUUGUGAUAAAUAAUAUUUUAAAUGCUACAUUUGAACAUAAAAAAAUUGGCAUUAAUUAUUCUUUGUAUACACCAAAAUUUGCUAAAAAAAAAACAGUUAAUAUUGUGAUGCAUUAUGAUGGCUCACCAAUUGAACGUAAUAUAAUUGACAUUGAUAUUUUUUAUCCAGGUAAAAAACAAAUUGGAAAAGCUCAUAUAUCAUAUGAAAGUCUUGUUAAUGUUAAUGGAACAUUAAAUGCAACAACAUCAAUGCCAAAAUUUCAAUAUGCUGCAUGUAAUUUUAUUGUUCUAACAACAUUAAAAAAAAACAUGAGAUUUGUACAAUUUUAUUGGCCAAAUGAUACAGCAUUAUUCGCAUCAGAUUAUACAUAUCACAGUGAAAAAUUAGACUCAAAUUUAGAAGGUAUUAUUAAACUUGAAGUACCACUUAGUACAAGACACAUUGCAAAUUUAAAUUAUGGAUAUAAAAAACGUCCACUUGUUACAACUGGAUAUUCAAAAUUAAUUUAUAAUAAUAAUAGUAUUUUAGAGGGUACAUAUGAUUCAAAAAGUGAAUCACGUGCUGGUUUUGAAAAAGAACAUAUUAUAAUUAAUUUAAAAAAUUCAUAUCAUCCAUUGGCUAUUGAUUAUGUUAAUCAAUUUGAAUAUUCAGCUGGUAAUUUUGGCACAAAUUAUCCAAAUCUUGAAACUAAAAAAAUACGUAUUUAUAAACUUGAUAAUCAUACAGCAUUUGAUAUUGCUGGUGAAUCAAAAAUAAGAACAACACAUGAAGGACAAGAUAUAUAUUUAACAGCAAUACAUUUAAAUAGAACAGUUAAAUUAAAUACUGAUUAUAAAAUAUUACCAGGUGAAUUUGAUAACAAUUUUUGGAUAAGUCUUGCUGAUGAUGCAUGGGCAUCAUAUAAAAUAAAUAUUGUAAAUAAAACAACUGAAGAUAUUGAUAAUCAAUUUAUCAUAUUAAAUAUAGCAUAUCCAAGAAAAAAAUUUACAUUUGAUGGAUCAUAUUUUGUGACAAGUCGAGAAUUUAAUACUGAUGGUAAAUUAAGUUGGAAUAAAACAUCAACUGAUUAUUCAUAUGAUUAUUCAAAUGGCAAUGACAGAGAAAGAACAAUUGGUGCUGGAUUUAUUUGGAAAAAUUUAACUGAUAAUAAUGAUGCUGUUGAUGGACCAACUGUUGAUAGACAAAUGGCACAAUUUAGCUUAAAACAUCCUGGUCUUACACAGGAUACAACAUUAUCUGGUUAUCUUGUUAGGCAUGAUGGUGCUAUACUUAUUAAUACAACAAUUUUAGCAAAUUAUUCAGACUCACCAGACAAGCUAUUAUCAUUAACUGCAAUUAUUAAAAAUGAAAGUACAAGUACACAAAAUAUACAAUACAGUUAUUCAAUAAAUGGUAAACAUCCAAAAACACGCUUGGAACUUGAUAUGUUUGGACAUGCUGGUAAAGUUCAUUUAAUUAAAUAUGAAACUAAUCAUAGAGCAUUGUAUCGACGUAGUUUUCUUCCUGAAGAAUCUGGAAAGCUAUUUAUUUAUUUAAAUAUUCCAGAAAAUAAAUUUGAAUUUGAUAAAAAAAAUAAUGAGUUGAUAAAACAUUUAGAUAUUAUGUAUUCAUCAACUGAUACAGAGUAUAAAAUAAAUGGUAGUGCAAUUGAUACAGUUAAAUCAUUAAAUUCAACUGGUGAAUUUUAUUUAAAUGUAGAUGAAAAAUUAACUUGGAUGAUGGUUAAUUAUACACCAGAUGCAAUUGAGAGUUUACGAAUGUAUGGAAAUAUUCCAAAUGCUAGAAAUGCUGUGUUUGAUGUAUGGAGAACAUAUGACAGAGAUUUGUUGAUAUCAGAUGUUGCAUUUUAUGUAAAAUUAAAUCACUCAAGACUCGUUACAUCAAUGACAAAAUGGAGACCAGAUUUAAAAAAUGACAUUGUUAAUCUUGUAAAAGAUACAGUUACAAAUAUUUACAAUGAAAUUGGUAAUGAUGCUGAUUAUUGGAAGCAGUAUUUACGAACAGAGGGUAUGAAUGCAUUAUCAGAAGUUUGGGAUGAUGCUAGAGAUGAUUUAGAUGUUUUAAUUGAUGACUGGGAAAAUUUAAAAGAACUUGAUGAUGAUUUAGAAUUAUUAAAAAUAUAUCUUAAUGAUUCUUAUAAUGCCAAUGAUUUUUAUGUUAAGGAUGUUGUUGCUGUUGGUCUUUAUGUUAUUGAUGAAAUGUCACUGAGAAGUCAUAUUGAAUCAUUGCCAAAUAUAUUAAAUGAAAUAUGGGAAAUAAUGGGAGAAUCUGGUGAAGCUAUUCGUAAAUCAUUAGUGUGGAUUAUUGAAACAACAAAAGCUGGAUAUAAAAAGCUGAGUGAAAUAGUAAGUGCAAUUUUAAAAGGUGAAAGUUAUGAACAAAUAUCAAGUAUCAUUGAAAAAAUAGUUGAAAAAUAUGAUAAAUUUAUGAAAGAUUUACAUGUUGCAUUUAUAAAAUACAUGGAAAAUUUAUGGUCAACAUUUUAUCGUACAAUUUAUAAUCAAUGGAAUAAAACAUUAAAAAUGAUUGAACCAGCAUUCAUCAGAGUUCUUCAUUAUCUUGAAGCAGUUGCAUGGAAAAUAAGUGAAGAAGUCUCACAUUUUUUGUAUGAUCGUCAAAAUGAACUAAUAAAAUCUCCCUAUUUUAAUAGAUUUACAAAUUUAACCCAAGAUGUUGAUAAAUUUUAUCGUGAUAUUAAAAAUAAUGACAUUAUAACAAACAUAAGAAAAUAUUCAGCUAUCAUAGUGUCAUUUAUAAAAGAACGUUAUUUUUCAAUGGUACCAUUUGGUCAAGAAUUAAAAGAUCUUGUUGAUGAAAUAAUAACAGAGCUAUCAGAAUUAAAAAAAUUACCAAGUAUUAAUUAUACAUAUGAAAAAAUUAAUUAUUUAAUUGAUCAAGCAAAUUAUUUUUAUCAAUAUUUUGGUAUUAAAAGUAAAAUUGAAUAUACAGUACGUAUUAUACAUUUAAAAUUAAUAACAAUAAGUCAAACAGCAUUACAAACUGAAAGUAAAUAUCGUGAAGCUAAAACAAAAUUUAUAUUUGAUCCAGAUAAUGGUAUAAUGUGUUUAGAACAAAAGCUACCAAUGUCAUGGCAUGCAUUUAAUCAAACACCAGAAUUUCAAGAAAUUCCAGAAUAUCGUACAAUUGUUGAUAUGCGAAAUUAUUUUACAAUAUCAAAUUCAACAUUUUGGAAUUUAUAUUAUCGUUAUAGACCAUAUACUGAUCCUUACAAUUGGCUACCACCAUUUAAAGCACAAGCUAUGAUAAUUGGCUAUCAGCAUCUUGUUACAUUUGAUGGUUUACAUAUUGAUUUUGUUGGAAAAGAUAGUUAUCUUCUUGCUGCUGAUUUUGUUAAUAAUGAUUUUUCAGUUUUAAUAAAUUACGAGGAUGAAAAUAAUUCAACAAUUCGACAUAAAAUUAUUGUAUUAACUGGUAAACAAAUCAUUCAAAUUGAUGUUUUUCGUGAUAGUGUUGAGUUGGGUAAUUCUGGUAGAGCAUUACAUCUACCAUUAAAGCUUGAUAAUAAUAUGGGCUUUGUUUAUCAAGAAGAGAGUAUUGUUACAGUUGAAUUAAAAAAUGGACAAUUUAAGUUGAAAUGUAAUCUUAAAUAUGAUGUUUGUAUUAUUGAAUUGAGUGGUUGGUAUUUUGGUAAAACAGCUGGUCUACUUGGUACAAUGAAUAAUGAAAAAUGGGAUGAUACAUUAAGCUCAAAUGGACGAGUUAUCAUUGAUAAUAUUAAAAAAUUUGCAAAAAGCUGGUCAUUACCAUCAACAGCAUCAGCUGAUAAUAAUUUAAAUUUUUCUGAUAAUCUUGCUAUAAUUGGUGAAUACGAUUAUGAAUCAUAUAGCUAUUGUAAAAAUUUAUUUUUAAAUUCAAGCUCUGAAUUUGUUGAUUGUUUUGCUGUUAUUGAUACACAUGAUUAUGCUGUUGCAUGCAAGAGUGUAAGAUCAAUAAGUGAAACUUGUACAUUGGCUAUUGGUUAUAUGCAAAUAUGUGGUUUUUAUAAUACAUAUUUAAGAAUACCAGAUACAUGUACAUCUUGUCCAAUGAUGAUUGAUGGUACAACUGUAGCUGAAGGUGAAUUUAUUAAAUUAGAAAAUACAAAAGUACCAAAAUCAACUGAUAUUGUAUUUAUUGUUGAAGCUAAAUCAUGUAACAAUGACAUCAAAAGAAAUCGUAGUAUUGAUCAAGUUAUUGCAUAUUUAAAUAAAGAAUUUAAUGAUAAUGGUAUUAAGGAUAAUAGAUGGUCACUUGUGACAUUUGGUGGUGAUGAUGUUUAUGAUAAACCAAGAAGUUUAAUUCUUGAUAAUAAAAUAUUUACAAAUUCAUGGCGUUUUCCAGAUUAUUUUGAUAAUAUAAAAAUUGGUAAUGGUAAUCAAGAUAUAUUUUCAGCAAUUGGAUUUGCUACACAACUUGUUUUUCGUGCUGGUGUAUCAAAAACAUUUAUACUAAUGCCAUGUUCACAUUGUGAACAGCUUAAUCAAACACUUGAUUAUUCAGUCAUUAAUCAAGUACUACUUGAGCAUGAUAUACGUCUACAUAUAUUAAUGGAUGGUGAUUUUAAUUUUCAAAAAUCAAGAAUAAAUAAAAUUUUUUAUGGUCUUGAUGCAACAAAAGGUUACACAAGAAAAGACAGUAAAAUAUUAAGUGGUGAUGUUGAUUUACGUAGGCAAGUUAAAUUAUCAAAAAGUGCAUUGGGAUAUUGUACACCACUUGCACUUGAAUCAAAUGGUACAAUUUUCAGUGGAAAUAAAUUAAAAUACAAUGAUAUGUCAGCAAUUAAAAAAUUUGCAAGUGUAUUUGCUAAAAGAGUUGCAUCAACAGCUGUACCAAAUUCAUGUCAAAAUUGUGAAUGUACUGCUAACAAUGAUGGUGUAACACAUAUGGAAUGUAUACCUUGUAUUUAUCCAAUGCCAACUGAAGUUGAUUAUGUUACUGAAACUUUUGAUGAAGAUGAUGGAUAUUCUUCGGCUAUUCAACAAAUGGACACUGACUACGUUCAAGUUGAUCAAGAAGAAGAUUAAUAAUUACGUUAUUUAAUUUUUAAAAAUAUCAUAAACAAAUUUAGCUAUGUUUUUUUUCCAUUGACACAUUUGAAAUAUUUAUUACUUUUUUUUUUGUAUUUGUGUCGAGCUUUUUUCUUUGAUGACAAUAGUCUUAUGAUAAUAAAAUAGAAGAAAUGUAAUUUUGUGUUUUUUUAAAAUUUAUUAUUUUAUAAUUUUUAAUUAAUUUGUAUAUAUAUAUAUAUGCCUAUUUUAAUAUAUAAAAAAGAAUUAUUAAUAUUACAAUAAUUGAUGUUUAUGCAGGCAGCAUUGAAUGGUAAAAAAUCUGGCUGAUGAAAGAAUAUAAAUGAAUUUAUAAUUUGCAAAAUUCUUUCAUUAAAUUUAAAUGAAAAAUUUAAUUACCCAAUUUGGAAGUUGAUUUAAUUUUAUCGAUUUGGUGGUAAACGUGAAAUUGGUCAUCUAGGAUCAUGUGCUUGUAGAUGAUUUGGUGCAUCAGCAAAUGUAAAUUUUAAUUUAUAAGCUUCAGCAACAAGAACACCAAUUUCCGAGUCUGACCAAUUUUGUGUUGGUAAAUUUUGCAGCAUCAACAUUAAGCC